AUGGUUCCACCGGACCUAGACCAGUCAGCGGCUUCAACCUUUGUUCCAUCGUUUGCUAAACCUUCUGGUUUUGUCGUGCCUCCUCCUAUGUCCUCGAGUGACAUUUUAUUCGCUUGUCUGCAAUCGUUUACUGCUGUGUGCAGGUCAUGGUGUCAGAUUUCUUCACAGAUCUGCUCCAUUGUUUCUGCUCCGAUUAACUCAUCAAUGUUCUUCGUCGAGCCUCCAAUCGUCGGAGCUCAAGCCAAAUUUGUUGGUGCUUCUUCUGCUUUGGUAUGUUCAUGUUUCUUACCCUCUACUUCAGUAUGUGGUUGGGUUUGCAAAGAUGUGGUAGAACCGGUCUUAUUGGAUUCGAGAAUCUUUGUUUUAUUUUCGAUUAUUUCGGUUGAUCUUGGCUCUUGUAAUGAGUCUUUGGCUGAUCUGGUUCUGAGUUUACGCUAA